CGAUUUCAGAGUACUCCGCACUCACGCGCUCGAGGCACAUCUACGGCCUUACCUGACAGAUCACACCAUAGACUUCGAGGUCUCGGACCGCGUGCCCGACCUUUCUAGAUACCUGAAAGAAGCUCGCGAGGAAGAUGCCCGACGGAUCUUGGCUGAUGGGACCCGGCGAGGCGGGGAAGGAGCCACCCAGGCAGAAGAAGGCCAAGCAGGAGUUGGGCGAGAACCAAGCGAUGAAGCGUCUAGUGCACCAUCUCGAGACACGCAUGCGCACGGUGGAGCAUCAGAACGCGUUCCAAGUGUACAUGCCCCAGGACCACACACUCGUGACCCGCGCGAAGUCCUUGAACCAGCAGUACGAGGAGCGGACGAAGGCUGCCGGCAGCGGGCGCAAUCUGGGACCCCCCGAGCUCCAGAUUUUUGGCGGCAUAGUGAGCGACAUCGAGCAUCACUUGAGUCAGGAGAGUUGCGCCAACCAGCUGAAGAAAUAUCGCGCCGUCUUCGGUCGAGUUCUCAUGAGGAUGCAGCACUCGGAUGCAGAAGAGACGGCGGUCUGGGUGAAAGAGUUCUCAGUGAACCCAUGCUUCGACGUGGGAGUGAUGCGCGUGACCGUGUGCCUAAAGGGAGAGGUGGUCGUGGGCGGCAACGCCAAGAAGGCGGCCGAGGUGUUCGAAGAGCAGAAGGCGGCGUGGGGCGGGGUGGCCCCGGACGACAGCUACGAGGCUCUUUUGCAGCGGUCCCCCCUGGAGGCCAUCGCGCUGAAGGAGGGCCAGAAGAUGUGCGAGCUGCAGGCCGUGGUCUUCCAGGUGCUUCGCGCGUGGAACGGCUCAGCAAAGGCGGGACGGGCGCCGCGCGGCGCCUUUGCACGCCGCCUGCUGCAAAAGUGGUGGGAGGAGUGAGCGGGGAGGGUUAGGAGCGGUCCUGGCCCGUUCCUCGGCGACGUGUCGUUUGUCGGUCGCGUCUCCGUCGUCGCCGUGGACGUCCGACGUCGCCUCGAAGAGCGUUGGUUCUCAGGCGAUGCUGCGUCGGAAAUGAUUGUUUGAUGUCUAGUUGUAGGCUUGCCCCGAGCUGUGUCGCAGUCUUGUGGUGACUCGUGCUUGAAGGGGGGUAGCAGU